CAUCCAAUUCCACUCCAAUUACGCUCGGGGCACAUGAUUUUGUAUUCAUACAAAUCACACACACUGAUAUUUGCAUUAUGUAAGUAGUAAUAAGUGAUUAAAUUUUAUCUUACCGAGAUAAUUUCACUCUUUAAAUACUGGUGCAAGUUUAAUUCUUAAGUGUUCAUCGAUUCAAAAAUAAUUCUAUUUUAAUAAAAACUCUUCAUAAUGAAGACAUCAAUUUUAUUCUUAAUUACUGCACUUUUGUGCACUUUCACCAAUUCGGAAAAGAUUCUUGUCUUAUCCUUCUUCGCGUCAAAAUCUCACAAGAUCACUUACAUGCCUCUCCUUGAAGCCUUGGCCGCUAAGGGUCACCAAGUCACGAUGAUCACCUGCGUCAAACCGGACAAGGAGAUCAAGAACCUUAAAGAAGUCUACACCUUCGAUGUACAAACUGAACUAUUUGACAAAUUCGACGCCCUGAAGUUGAAGCAGGAAAACAAGAGUUUCAAUCCUCUCGAGAUGAUUGGACAUUUCCAAGAAGGGUGCUUCACAACGUACCAACUUCCCCAGGUGAAGGAAGUUAUUUCUCAAGAAUACGACCUCGUCUUUAUGCAACCUGCCAUGAACGAGUGUGCUCUCGGCAUUGUUCACAAGAUGAAGGCCCCCCUCGUCAUUUUCAUGCCGGCGAGCGUCCCUAGUUUCAUCGCGGCUAGGAUAGGAAACCCACUUCCGCCUUCGUUCGUGCCCCACAUUAUGCUCGGCUACUCCCCCACGAUGACGUUUUACGAAAGGUUCAUCAAUUUUGGGAUGAACGUUGUAUACGAUGUGGGAAUCUGGCUAAUUUACGACCCUGCCAUGGAGUCCGUGUACCGGAAAGAGUUUGGGGAUGAGACGAUCCCAUCGCUGGCGACGAUUCUGGGAAACGCAUCCCUAAUUCUGAGCAAUGGACAUUUUAGUAUCACUGGGCCGAAACCGUACCUUCCGGAUAUCAUUGACGUGGGGGGAAUACAUUCCAAACCGGCCAAGAAACUUCCAGAGGAGCUUGAGAAAUUCGUGACUAAAAAAGGAUCAAAGGGGUUCAUCUACUUUAGUCUUGGUUCCGUCAUCAAAACCGACUCAAUGUUAGAAGACAGAAGAAAAAUGUUGCUUAAAGUUUUCGCAAAAUUUAAAGAUUAUCAAAUCGUGUGGAAAUGGAACGACGAGAAAAUGGCGGAUAAGCCGGAAAAUGUGUAUUUAAGCCGGUGGCUUCCCCAACAGGACCUGCUUGGACAUAAGGACGCACGCUUGUUUAUUACACAUUGUGGGGGAGGUGGGACUGAAGAGGCUAUUUACCAUGGCGUCCCCCUGCUUGGAAUGCCUAUUAUGGGAGAUCAGCCAAUGAAUGCGAAACUGGCAAAGCGUCUGGGAAUCAUUCACGAAAUUGAUUGGAAUGAAUUGACAGAGGAGAAUCUAACGAAUGGAAUUAAAGAAGUUUUAACCAACCCAGUAUAUCGUGACAACGUCAAGAGAUUAUCCACCGUUUUCAGAGAUCAGAUUGAUGAUCCUUUAACCCGUGCUGUUUACUGGAUUGAAUAUGUCGUACGCCAUAAAGGUGCACCUCAACUCCGUUCUGCUGCAAGAAAAUUAAAUUACUUUCAAUACCAUUCAUACGAUGUCAUCGGGACAUAUCUAAUUUUAAUUUUUGUAGUAAUUUAUAUUUUGUACUCUGUCGUAAAAUUAAUUUUAAGAAAGAUAUGUUCCUUAAUAUGUGGCAAUAAGGGAUCUAAAAUCGAAAACAGCAAAAAGAAAAAUUAAUACUCAUAAUUGUGAUGAAAAAUAGAUACAAAAUUCAAAUCGUGUGAAAUACAAUUGUUCCAUGACAUGAAACGCUGUUACCUCUUUUCUGUAAUGUUCUACAUUUUUUCAUGAAAUAUAUCCAUCCUAAAUUGGACAAAGCAUCC